UAAACCCCCCUUCAAUCCUUCACAAUAAGUCAAACACUCAAAUUUAAUUUCUUUAUUAAAAAAAAAUAGAAAUGGAAUUGAACUUUCAAAACAAUUAUGAGUUCUCAUCUUCAUCUUCAUCGUCUUCCAAGAAAGGCCGAUUCAGCAGCACAAAUGGCAGGAAUUCGAGUAGAAACAAGUUUGUCGGGGUUAGACAGCGGCCCUCCGGCAAAUGGGUGGCGGAAAUCAAAAACACCACUCAGAAAAUCCGGAUGUGGCUAGGGACUUUCGACACGGCGGAGGAAGCCGCCAGAGCCUACGAUGAGGCGGCGUAUUUACUCCGGGGAGCCAACGCCAGAACCAAUUUCAUCCAUCAUGUGCCGAUCAAUUCUGCUCUCUCUCUCAAAAUCCGAAACUUGCUUAAUCACAAGAAAUGCCUUCGACAAAACGCCACCGCCAAAAACACCACCACAACCACCACCCAAACAAGUACUCCGGUGACCCCGCGACGUGAUUCAGUGAGUUGUACGGUACAAGUCAACAAUGCAAAGAAGGAAAAUUUCUCAUCUGGGUAUCAAGGAAUUGAGGUGUUUGAUGAUGGGUAUAAGCCAGAUUUGACGAAUUGCACUGGGAGUGUCGAGAUCGGCGAUUCAGGUGGAGGUUUUUAUUAUGGAUUACAGUCUGAUUUGCCAUUCACCACUGGGAAUGCAUUCGAAGGGUUUAAUAUAGGGCCAAUUUCGAAAAAGAGUGAUGAAGAUGGCGAAAGUACGAGUGAUUUCGAGAGGAUGAAGGUGGAGAGACAGAUAUCGGCAUCAUUGUACGCCAUGAAUGGGGUGAAUGAGUACUGGGAUAAUGUUCUUCAUGAUUGCGGCGAUGGUGGUUCGUAUUGGGAUCUACCAUUGUUGUCUCAGAUGUUCUGCCCAAUCACUUAGAGCUUUUAGAGAAACAAUUGCGAUUCUUAAUAGGUUUAUUACUUGGAAAGAUUAAUGAUAUGAGUACAAGUAUGUUUCCUAGAAAUCGAUUUCGGUUGGUUGAAAUUCGAAUCAUUUUAAAUCGAUGCACGAAAUAUUGGUUUGUAAGACUUCUAUUUGUUUGUCUUUUCUGACCAGAACAAUAGAAAUCAAUAUGAAAGAACUAUUUUUAUGUUUA